AUGUUCCAUAACACCUUUCAAAGCGGUUUGUUGUCAGUUCUCUACAGUUUGGGAAGUAAACCAUUACAAUUAUGGGAGAAAACGGUAAGAAACGGGCACAUAAAACGAGUGACUGAUGAUGAAAUACAAAGUCUAGUUAUCGAGGUGAUUGGAGCUAAUGUUAGGUGAGUUUGCCCAAUCAGUAAGCAUUUAUCGUCAAAAAUAAUUUUAGUCAUCAUGAAUAAUAUAAAUUUAUAGUACAACUUACAUAUCAUGUCCAUUGGACCCUAAGAAGACGCUCGGCAUCAAAUUGCCCAUCUUUGUUAUGACUUUGAAGAAUCUUAAGAAGUAUUUUACCUUUGAAAUUCAGGUAGGUGUCUAUGUCAGAAAUAUAAAGUUUCUCUUAAUUUAUGGAGUAAUACUUUCUUCUUUCAGGUAUUGGAUGAUAAAGGUAUGAAACGUCGUUUCCGAGCGUCAAACUUCCAAUCGACCACUCGGAUCAAACCAUUUAUAUGCACCAUGCCAAUGAGAUUGGAUGAUGGCUGGAAUCAAGUGCAGUUUAAUCUGAUCGACUUUGUAAAACGAGCGUAUGGAACCAAUUACGUAGAGACAUUGAGGAUACAGGUUGGUGCCAUCUUUGAGAUAUUAAAACGAUCUCUUUCAAUUUUACGCUUGGCUUCUUUAGAUCCACGCCAACUGUCGGAUUCGUCGAAUCUACUUUGCGGACCGUAUCUAUACCGAAGAAGAGUUGCCUCCAGAAUUCAAACUGUAUUUACCCGUUGGACGAUCAAAUAAUCCAGAGGUUUCCGAAGUGUCGACAGCAGCGUGA